AAUGGAAUUGAAUAAAUUGGACCCAAAAAGGGAAAGAGAAAUAGAGAACGUAUUUAUGAAAUAUUCAGAAAUUGUGGAUGACGAAGCCCUGGAUGAAAGUAACUGUGAGACGUUGGUUGAAGAUGAUGGAGGGCAGAGAAAAGGAAGAAAUAAAGAUAGACCUGAAAGACUCCUUGACGGGGAAACCUUAAGUCAUGCAUGCGAAAAAUGGAAGAAAAAAGUUGAUGAAUUCCGGAAGACCAUCACUAAAGCGAAAGAACCUACCGAAAAAGAACCUGACGAAACCGAAAGACCCGGAAUGGUUAUUGAUUUUGAAAACCUUUGUGAAGCAGGCGAUAAGUGGAAUGAAAAAAUGGAUAGGUUUAAAGCAUGGAUAAACGAAAAAGAAAAAACAGCCAAACGUAGUGAAACUCACCCGAAAUCACGUGACCAACGACAAAAAGAUGCAACAGAGAAAGUCGUCAUAAAGAUGUCGAAAUUGACCCCCGAAGGAACGAUUCCAGUAUUGGAACAUGAACCUAAAACGAAGGAAAGAGUAAUGGUAUUAGAGGUGGUACAAGAAACCAUGAACAAAGGAAUAUCCCGGUACUUAUCUCUAUUUCGAUUGGCCUCGAAGAUAUUUGAUCCUGGAGGAUUUGAAGUUCGUGGAACGAACAAACUAAGUAGAGGAAAAU